AUGCAGACUGCUUCUACAAACAUUUUGUGAAAAAAUGGGUCGCUCUCAGGAGCUCAAUGAAUUGAAGCGUGGUACUGUGAUAGGUUGCCACCUGUGCAAUAAGUCCAUCCGUGACAUUUCCUUGCUACUAAAUAUUCCACGGUCAACUGAUAGUGGUAUUAUAACAAAGUGGAAGCAACUGGGAUCAACAGCAACUCAGCCACGAAGUGAGCGGGGUCAGCGCAUGCUGAAGUGCAAUUCGGCUGCAAUUAGCACAACAACAGUUCAUAGAGAGCUUCAUAGAAUGGGUUUCCAUGGGUGAACAGCUGCAUCCAAGCCUUACAU